CUCUUAUUUUUUGUGUGUAAUGAGUACAGGGGCUAACAAUGAAAUUAGCCCUCUGUAAUCAGUACAGACAAGAUCAUCAUACGUUUCCCAGCCCAGGACUCGAACCUCUGCCGUUGGAUAGGAAGAACAGACAACUAUUUUCCACCGUCCAACCGCUGAGGUUUGAGAGCGCUAGUGAACUCCCUCUUGCACACAUAUUAUCUUCUAAUCUGGCAUACAAAGACUCGUCAACAGAGCCUGCUCGAACAGCCGAGCUCGAAGAGAGAACCAGAGUUCUCGAACUGGCAAUGGGUAAAAUCCUUGCCCGUCUGAUUCCUGAUGACCCCCUGAUUCCACUGUUAAACAAGGAUGCACAACCCGCUGCGGUUGUUGCUACUCUAAAUUCCCUCGCUCUAAGCAAUAUAGCAGUGUCGACCAAACCAAGGGGAACAGAACCGUAUCAAGAGGGAUUCAAAAUUCCCCAACUGGAGACGUAUGACGGCUCGAGCGACCUAGAUGAGCAUCUGCACACCUAUCAAGCCAUCAUGAGAAUUCAAAAUGCUAAUGAUGCCAUGAUGUGCAAAGUGUUUCCAACGACACUGAAGUCAACGGCCAGAAGAUGGUACCAUAAACUCCCCAGACACUCUAUAGACUCAUACUCCCAGCUCGCCAAGCUAUUCUCCAACAAAUUUGCGAGCCAUAGGGAGAUUAAACGCACAGCGACCGAGCUAAUGCAAGUCCACCAGAAAGAAGGGGAAUCGUUGAGGGACUACAUGCAGCGGUUCAACAAGGCCAGUCUAGACAUUGAUAACGUCCCGAAUACCAUCUGCUUGUUUGCCUUGCUGCAUGGUUUGAAGCAAGGUCAGUUCUUGGACGACCUGCUAGAAAACCCACCGAAGAUGUGGAAUGAAGUGAAUGACAGGUCAGCUAGCUUCAUACUGUCCGAAGACUUCCAGUCGUCCAAGCGACGAGCUGACGAUAAGCAGAGCAAAGGCAAGGAACAGCCACCGAGGAGAGAAGAAAAGAAAAAGCAAAAGGUCAACGAGCAGUGGGGGAAGCCCGCCGACUUCCCAAAGUAUGCCAAUUACAUUCCUUUGACCUUGCCAAGGUACCAGCUCGGCGGCGCACAGGAUGCGUAUCAGGAUAACCAGUAUCCUUCUGAGCAAGGCAGGGCAUACAGGGGACGUCAAUUCAAUAGGCGAGGCCAAGGACAGAGAACUACCACCCAGAGCCAGAAAGACAAGAAAAGGGUAGGCUAUGCUGGGAUACCCCCGCCCUCUGGUAUGAUAAAUAUGAUAUCAGGUGGUGUUCACUCCGGAGGCCAAAGCGCCCGAGGUCGUAAAGCACAUGCACGCCAGGUGAUGACCGUUAAUAAGAAUAGGCCUUUGAAAUGCCCAUUUGAAGAAGCAGAUUGGGAAAAUGCUCCCAUCAUAUUCAGCCCGACAGAUUACAAGCAAGUAGACGGAGAGCCCGACGUUAUGAUGCCACAUGCAGAUCCUUUUGUGGCAACAGUUCAUAUAGGCAACCAUAACGUCAACAAGGUCUUCAUCGACACUGGCAAUUCACCGGACAUCUUAUACUGGAGUUGCUUUCAAAAAAUGCAACUGAAUCCGAGCUCGCUGCAGAAGCACGAAGGGCCUAUAUAUGGGUUUGACAAUCAGCCCAUCCCGGUUGAAGGAGUUAUUACCCUUCCCAUCUAUGUGGGCUUGGAACCACGAUUCAGGAUGGCUUCUGUUACCUUCCUGGUCGUCAAGAUGGAGUCAGCCUUCAACACUAUAUUGGGAAGAGCCACUCUUUGCGAGCUGAAGGUUGUCAUCUCGCAACCCCAUCUCAGCAUGAAAUUCCCAACUUCUCAAGGGGUAGGAGUGCUUAAAGGGAAUCAGAAGAUGGCUAGGGCAUGCUAUCAAGAUACUUUCAAAAAGGUUGAGCUCACCGCUGCCCCUGCAAGUUCUGAAAAUCACAGGCCAGUCCCACUCGGUCAACAGACAAUGAGCAUAUCAGAUAUCGAACACCGACCUGAGGGUGUCCAGCAGAAGGCUGAGCCGGUAGAAUCGGUGGAAACGGUCCCUUUAAAUCCUGAUGUGCCAGAGAGGACAGUUAAGAUCGGCACCAGGCUCACAGAAGAAGAGCGGGCAGAGCUUUUGGACACGGACCCCACCAGAAAGCCGGUGGUUCAGAAACAUUGCCUUUUUGGCCCUGAGAAGCAAGCUGCCAUAUACGAAGAGAUACAAAAGCUGCUACAGGCAGGCUUCAUUAGGAGAGUGGAAUAUUCUAAGUGGGUAUCCAACCCUGUGCUCGUCAAAAAACCAAACGGCAAGUGGAGGAUGUGUAUUAACUUCACCAACUUAAAUGAGGCAUGUCCAAAAGACCUUCAUCCCUUGCCAAAUGUUGAGAAGCUAGUAGAGCGGGCAGCCGGGCAUGAACGAAUGAGCUUCCUCUAUGCUAGUUCUGGUUAUCACCAGGUUCAGUUGCUGUUGGACGACCAGGAGAAAACAGCUUUCUACGCUAGUGAUGCAAUUUAUUGUUAUGUGAUGAUGCCGUUUGGCUUGAAAAAUGCUAGUGUUACGUAUCAAAAGCUGGUGCAAAUCAUCUUUAAGCUCCAGAUCGGCAGAAACAUAGAAGUGUAUGUGGAUGACAUGAUUGUUACCAGCGUGCGAGCUGAGGAUCAUAUAGGCGACCUGAGUGAGACCUUUCAAAACUUGCGCCGAGCCCAAAUGAAGCUGAAUCCCUUGAAAUGCACAUUUACUGUAGAAUCAGGAAAAUUCCCAGGGUACGUAGUAUCCAAGAAAGGAAUUGAGGUAAAUCCAGAGAAGGUUCAGGCCGUUCAGCAGAUGGAGCCUCCCAAGACCGUAAAGGAUGUGCAGCGCCUGAUAGGUCAUGUAGCCGCUUUGCACAGAUUCAUAGUCAGGUCGACGGAAAGGUGCUUGCCGUUCUUCAAAGCCCUGCGAGAGCCCAAGCACUUUCAAUGGACCGACGAGUGUCAGCGGGCGUUUGACGAGCUCAAGCAGUAUUUAGCAUCUGCACCCCUACUGUUCAAGCCUAUAGAAAGGGAGAGUUUAUGCCUAUAUCUGGGGGUUACAGAGGAGGCGGUGAGCUCGGUCCUACUCAGAGAAGAGAAUAGGAAUCAGAAGCCCAUCUGCUAUGUGAGCAAGGUUUUACAAGGCGCCGAGCAGAACUACCCACUAGCAGAAAAUGUUACUUUUGCCUUGAUACUGCAGAAGCCGGAACUCUCUGGUUGGCUUAUCGGAUGGAGCGUCGAGCUGAGUGAGUACGACCUCAAAUUUCAGCUGCGCACGACUAUAAAAGGCCAGGCUGUGGCAGAUUUCCUGGUGGAAUGUGUCUCGGCGACCGUGAAAGAAAAGACACCUGAACACCCAGUCUGGGUUUUGUAUGUAAAUGGAGCUGCUAAUGUUGAAGGAUCGGGUGCUAGGGCUGUACUAUUGGGGCCAGAUGGCUUUAAAUCCGAACACGCACUGAGAUUUAAGUUCCAAACAACUAAUAAUGCUGCAGAAUAUGAAGCCCUCAUUUAUGGAUUGAAGCUAGCGUCCGAGCUGAAGGUACAGAGCAUUCAGGUUUUUAGUGACUCUCAGCUCGUUGUGGGCCAGGACCUUAACCCUGAGAGAUCAACAAUUGUCGAGGUGCUCGAUGCCUCGAGCUACACAGAUUUCACAAUUGAGUGUCAGCUGCUAAGCACUGAUCCCUCCUCACCAAGCUGGACUGCCCCACUCAUUAAUUAUUUGCAAAGUGGCGAGCUACCUGGAGAUACGUCUGCUGCAAGGUUGGUUAGACGCAGGGCGGCACAUUUCACUUUGGUAGAUAAUCAACUCUACAAGCGAGCAGCCUCAAUGCCUCUAUUACGCUGCCUCACUCCUUAUGAAGAUGAAUACGCCGUGAGGGAAGUUCAUGAAGGAGUAUGUGGCACACACAUAGGUGGCAAGACUUUAGCUCGGAAACUCCUGAGGCGGGGGAAUUGCUCUCAUCACUCUCAUCUCCCUAGCCUUUUGCUCAAUGGGGAGUCGACCUCCUCGGCACUUUUGUCAAAGGCAAAGGAGGUUGCACUUAUCUCGUUGUCGUGGUUCGGUAUACCUAAGUGGAUUAUCGCUGACAAUGGUUCGCAGUUCCGAGCCGCGGCACUGAGAUCGUUCUGCAGUGACUAUGGCAUUGAGCUUGCCUUGACCUCUGUAUAUACCCCACAGUCAAAUGGACAAGCUGAGUCCGCAAUAAGAUAGUGCUGCGAGGCCUUAAGAUACGUGUGCUAGCCACACAAUCUAAUUGGGUUGACGAGCUCAAUAAAGUGCUUUGGUCAUG